UCGCACAAGGACACGCAGCCGAUCGAUGAUUCGCACCAGACCAUGAACGUUCCGGUGAAGGUAGUGGUGCGGUUCGCACCAACCGCACCGCAGCAGGAGGAGGAGCAGCAGCAGCAGCAGCAGGACAACAGAACGAGCACGGAUCCGGACCGGAGACCGGAGGGGGACCAGCAAGAGGUGGAUGAAAACUGUGUACGGUGUGGCGAAGGUCGCACGUUCCGGUUUUCGCACGUGCUCCGCAAUGGGAUCGGCAAUCAGGAGCUGUACUUUGAGUCGAUUGCCGGGUUUAUGGACUCCGUGCUCGAGGGUUACGAUUUCUCCGUCGUCACGUACGGUGCGAAGGGCACGGGCAAAACGUACACCCUGUACGGUGGCCCCGGUGACGGUACAGUGUCGAUCGGUGACGAAGGGAUUGUGUUGUGCUUCGUGCGGGAUCUUUUCUGUCGCCUGAACGCUCACCCGGAGCGCGUAUUUUCGAUCAGUAUUGCGUGGAGCGAGAUCACGGCCGAAGGCGAUGUGCUGGAUGUGCUGGAGAAUGCGGCCAUGGUACAAUGUUUCUCGGUGGAGGACACUUACGCUCUGCUCGGGCUCGGAAUGCAUCGGCGUAAUGCGGAAAAUCACAGCAUACUGAGUUUGGUGCUGGAGCAACAGUGGACUUCGAUCGGUGGAAUGAACCAGCACCGACAAUCGACGGUUAGUUUUUGUGAUUUGCGCGGAACGGAGCGAAUGAUGACGGACGAGGAAACGUAUCCGAUGGAUGGUGGGCUUCGGAAGCUAGAGGACAUCGUGAUCCGGCGCAGCGAUCAGUAUAAUGAAUCGGUAUUGACGGCUUUCCUGAAGGAUUCGUUUGGAGGGCGAGCACAAACGUUGCUGUUUCUUUGCCUGGAUGCGACUCAACUCGACACGAAAGCCACGAUGCGCGAUCUGGAGUUUGGUGAGCAUGCCGAAGAGAUCGUUAACAACGUGGUGAUGAACACUUUCUCCGACAACAACGUACCGGUGGUUCCGUUGAACGAAGAUCUCGGCGGUGGCAAUGCGAAUCCGCUGGAUGGACUGUACUUUGCCUCGCAGCAGUGGGUAAAGUUGCUGAAAAAUGCGGAAAGUUUGUUCACGAAGCUGUUUAGCACCUGCGAGUUGAACCAGACCGAGCGCAGUCAGAUCGAGGAAUGGUUGUACCUGAAGGCGGAAUGUGACGAUUGUUUUAGUUCGAGCGAUAUGAGCCUUCCAACCGGGACGCAACCGAAUGCCCGCAUGUGCUUGGGUCCGAUCGAGGAAAUUGACGAAGCGGAAGAUACAACGCUCCAAAGCAGUGGCAAGGAACAGUUUCAGUCGGAUAACGAGAGCGAUUCCGAUCUCUGCACGCACCUGACGGACGUUAGCGAGCGCAUCCAGAGCUACAUUAAGACGUUUCAAACCAAGACGAACCAGCUGAUCGCGGACAAGUACCAGGAGUUUUUCCAAACACAUCCACCCGCCGCUGCACCGACCGGUGAUUCGGGUGAGCACGAGGAAAAGGAAACCACCACACCACCAGCCGACGGUGCACCCAAAACGUUGGGUCACAAUCCGGCCAGACGGAAGUCGAUCUUUGAUGGUGACACGGUAAGCAGCAACGAGCUGGCCCUCAUCCUGCCACUGAAGGGGGAAACGCAACCGAUUGCGAGUGCGCUGGACAAGAAGCUCGAUACCCUAGGGAGCAAUUUGCGCAUUUGUCAGGCCAGUAUUGAGUCCUUUCACGCCCAGAUCGAGGAAGUGCGCCGUACGAUCACACUGAAGCAAAAGUACAUUGAUGAUUUGAUCGAAAACAGUGAAACGCGUUCGGUUGCCAAGUCACGAUUUAGCAAGAAGAAGCACAAACUGGAGGCUGAGUACGAGAAGACGAAAAAGCAACUCCGGAAGGCGGUCGUCAACGGUACGGAUAAAGACGAGAUCAAUCGGCUAAAGAGCCACACAUCGCAUCUCGAGCAGCGGCUAAAGGAUCUCGAAUCGAUCGGUUUCAUAGCGGGCGAGGCGGGGCACAAGAAGAAAAAACUUCAACAAUCGAUCAAGGAUUCACAGAAACAGCUCGAAGUGUUGCAGCGGCUGCUCAAGAAGGAACUAGACCGUCGCGAAGGGCUCGAGAAAGAGCUGGAGGCAGUCCAGAAGGAAGCACGCACGGUACGGUCCGGAAAUGCAGGAGGCGCGCUGGAGCUAAACGAAAGUCGCAGCAAGAUCCGUAACAUGAACGAACGGAUCUCCCACAUCGAGCACGUGUUGAAGGAGAAAUCGAGUAACUUGAAGCGCUACGUGAACAAGCGUAGCGCCGAAAAGGAAUCGUUGCGCUGCGAGAUACGCAAUCUGCGCCGGACACGCGAUCAUCUGGUGGAGCAGCGCUGUCAGCUCGAUCGUAAGCUGCGCGAAGACAAACGCCCAUCGUUCGACGAAGAGCGUAAGCUGGUCGAGUGCGAUGAAGCGAUCGAAGCCAUCGAUGCAGCGAUCGAGAUGAAGAACGAACUGAUCUGCGGUCGGCGUAGCAUCGAUACGGAUGAAAGUUUGCAGCGAGAAAAGGGUGAACAGAUGUUGAUGGCACGGUUGAACAAGCUGUCCGCCGAUGAGAUGCGUACGCUGCUGUACAAGUACUUCCAGAAGGUGGUCGAUCUGAAAGAAGCCAGCCGCAAGCUGGAGCUACAGUUCAUUUCUCUCGAACGGGAAAAAGAUGCCUGGGAGUGGCAGGAGAAGAUUCUUACCAACACGAUCCGCCAGACACGGCUAGAGAAGGAACGUUCGAUCGUGGCACUGCAGAAGCAGCACGAAACCAAGCUCAAUCUAAUGCUGCGCCAUUUUGCUGCCGAUACUUCGGCUUCGAUCUCGAGCACCCUACCGGACGGUACGCUUCCCCCCUACCACACCCAGACGGCAGAGUUUGUGCUGGGUUCGGGUGCCGCACGCUACCAUCACAUCAAUCACGUCCAGUACGAUACCGAUGGACAGUCGUCGGCGGUUGAGAUACCGGCGCUAAGGGCUACCAAGCAACUGGCACACUACAAAGCGGCCAGUGGAACUGCCGCCUUACCGGUGGUAGCGGCGGGACCUAGCGGUGGUACGACGCUUCGCGGAACGGCACCAGCCCUCGAACCGGCUCCACCGGCGGUGAUCGUCGUGGAGAAGGAUCAGCGACCGAAGAACAAACUGUUCUCGAAGCUGCAAGUGCUGUCACGCUAUCAUGGGAGUGAUAAGCGUAAAAUUUUCCAAUCCGACAUCCCACAGCAGAAUCUCAAACAGCUCCAGGUCGCCUCACGCCCGUCGCUAACGAAGGUAACGCGGGAAAAGAACAAAAUCAUCAUUCAGAGCGAUGGUGGCAGCAGCAGCAAGUGAACG